AUGAAAAUCGACGAAACCACAACCACAAAAGAUUCAUCGAUGGAUCGAAAACAAUCGAAUGAUUCGGAAUUGGCUGAAGAUUCGUUGCAACCUUUGAUGGUUCGGAGAAAGUCUGGAAUGAUACAGAAGAAGUUUCCAUCACUUCAGGUAUUUUUUGAAGGGGGUUAAGGUUUUUACAAUAAUUAGAAGAAGUUUUGUGGAAUAAUUCUAGAUUAUUUUUGAAAUUUUGAAAAUUGUUUGACUUUUGAAAUUUUGAAAAUUGUUUAAGAAAUUUAGAUUAGUUUUCCAGAUUUGAUGAAGCCUGAUUUUGAAGUCUUACAAGAUUUAGGCUAUUUUUUUUUCAAAAUUGAACUGCCACGUCAUAACUUUUGUUUGGAAUUCUAAAUUUCUAAUUGAUCUGCCCAGAAACCUUAGGCUAACUUCUAGGCUCUUUCUGAAGAAAAAACUUCCCCCUAACCUCCACUUUUUCCUUCCAGAUAUCCCACUACCCAGUGCUCCUUCUCUCUAAAAACGGGAUUCACGAAAAUCAAUCAAGUGUUACGUGGAAAACGAGUCAACAAAGCGAUUCGACAGAUUCCUCCGAACAACUGAUGCCAACUCCACCAAUCCGAAAAUUUUCGGGAAAUCUGAAACAAUCACCGAUUCCGCCGAUCAAGAAGAAAUCGUUGGAUUUUCGUGGUGGCAGUGAGGAGCAGCGGCCGAAGUUUGUGAGGAAUUUUACGGCGACCACGUUGUCACCGACCACUGAGAAGCCACCGUCGAUUUUGGGUGAGUUGGAGGGGUUUGGGAUCAAAGUUCCCCAGAAAUCUGAAAAAAAAUGACUAAUUUCUAGUUGAGGAAUGACUUGUGGCGCUCUUUUUCAAUUUUUUUUUGAUCUAGGUUUCAAGAUUUUUGAGUUUUGCCACGUCAUAGGUAUUUUGAACAUCGCACAUUUGAAUUCGAGAUUUUUGACAUUUUCUAGAUUGCCACGUCAUAACUUUCAGACUUUGUACACGUUUUUUUCACGUUCAGAUUUCUAGCUUCAGAUUUUCUUCGGGUUCUAUAGAAUUUUCCAGUUUUGCCACGUCAUAGGUUAUUUUCAGCCAAAUUUUAGAUUUUCUUAUUCAUUUUCUAGAUUUCCACGUCAUAACUUCCAGGUUUUACCAAUUUUGUACAAGGUUUUUCAUUUUAGAAUUUUUCAAACUUUCCACGUCGUAGUUCAAAUUUUCACCUCCAUUUUUUGAUUUUCAGUCAUUUUCACCCAAAUAUCAGAUUUUCUUAUUCAUUUUCUUGAUUUCCACAUGAUAACUUCCAGAUUUUCCGAAAUUUAAGUUUCAGCUUUGCCACGUCACGAAUAUUUCGCUUCUAGAUUUUUCCCUGAAUAAUUGUACUUCUCACCUGACUUCUUCCCUUCCUGAAUACAAAAAAAACUAUACUAUAGUAUAGCCAAAGUGAGAAGCAGACAUUGCAAAAAAAUGUACCCGAUCAGACUUUUUUAA